AUGGACUUCUCUCGGCUCCAGGCCAUCGUGUCUGAGUUAAACUCUACUAGCAGCAACAUAACUAGCGGCAGCAUCCCAUCGACCGUUCUAGAGUUGUUUAUUCCAGGCUACAGUACUAUUGCACACUUGACAUUCCGCUAUCUCAAAUUCGACAUGGGAGUCCUCGUCACAAGCUGGCUAGCCCUCUUCGGGCUGUACCACGGAGGCGUCUUUACCUAUGGCCGACUACGCGAAUGGUUCCACAUAUAUUACACGUCAUCCAUCGCAAUCGAUGAAUCCGACGUAUUGUUCGACCAUGUCAUGAGCUGGAUAGCGGUGCAGCGCAUGACGACGUCUAGUAGACAUCUGACUGCAGCUACACACUGGAUCAGUGAAGUCGACGACGUAGAUGGUGACGACAAUGUGUUGGAUGAACAUGGAAUUUUCAACUACGAGAAGUGGUCGGAGAGAUGGUUCCGUUUCGCGCGGGUGAAGAAGAAGGAUAAUGGAAAGGUCAGCGAUUACGAUGAGGUGAUUGUGAUCACCUGCGUGGGUAGGAACGCGGUGCCAAUCAAGGAUCUCCUCGUGUUCGUCAAGAGGUGGAGCCUUAACAAAGCUAGUACAACUGCGACAAUCUAUCAAGCGCCUGCGCAGAAGCAGGGCGGCGAGCGACCUACAGCAGAAAGGCAGAAUCCUUGGAGAUAUCAACGAGUAUCUCAACCCUGCUUCGCGCCUCCAGUUGUGGCCACGGAGGAUGCUACGUCCAGUACCAAGGCACCCAAAACCGAAACACAGGAACCCCCCAAAAGUGUCGUAUCGAUGGGGUUCAAUAUUCUCGCGUGGCCUUUCAAGCUUAUGGUGCUUGACUUAGGCUAUGUUCGCAAGCGUGCGACGCACGAGGAACCAGCGAAAGAGUGUACUGUUCCAGAGUCUCCCAAAGAGCCUGCGCAGGGGGGAGGCAAAGAACAAUCAUCUAAAUCGAAGGCGACCUCAAAAGAAGCCUCAGGGGGAGCACAAGGGACGAUCAGUCUGAGCGGACUCCUCAACGUCAUCGAUGGUGCCGCUUCUCACGAAGGUCACGUGCUCAUCAUGACCACCAACACCCCAGAGAAGCUGGACGACGCCUUGACACGACCAGGUCGCGUCGACAUGCAGAUGGGUUUCACGCUCGCCACACGCAACCAGAUUUGCGAUACGUACAUGCGCAUGUUCAGCAACGAUAACCCCACACCCGAUGCUACUCUGGCACCCAAUGUCACAACGAACAGCCAUAUACCUACACAGGGAGCAAAGAAAGAUGAGCUCUGCGGCAUUCUCCUUCCCAAGCAGUCUAUCGCGGCCGUAGUCGAACCGGGUAAGCUAGCGGAGAUGGCACAGCAGUUUGCUGAUGCAUUACCGGAGAAGGUCUUCUCGCCGGCGGAGGUCCAGGGCUAUCUGCUGAUGCAAAAGAUGGAUCCAGGCAAGGCGAUUAGAAGAAGUGGGUAA